CACCCCCCUAUCCAUCCUUCUCUCCUCUGCCAACCGUCUUUUUUUGUCAUCGUCCAGGAUUUCUCUCGGGAGCCUGUCUGUCUGCUCUCUGUCCAGAAAUGCCUGAGCAAGGCCGAAUCAACCCCGUCCGUCUGCGCGCAUCCCGAGCCUGCCAGGCAUGUAGUUCGCGAAAGGUGCGGUGCGACGCGACCGAGGUUGGACUCCCAUGCAGCCGCUGCCGCGUCAACAAGUCCCCCAACUGCUUUCUGGUAGCAUCGCGACGGGGCACGUACCCCAGAAAACAGCAUAAGGAACAGACCCGGCACCAGAGCGCUGCGUCCUCGAGCCUCGUCGGGAGUGCGACGAGCGGGGGCGCGACGAGCGGGGGCGCGGCGAGCGGGAGCGCGGCGUUGACUCAGGACCCGUCGGCUGCGGGGAGGCCGGCCCAGCCGCAUUCCGCGACGUAUUCGCCAUCUCCUUCGUCUCCUUCGUUGGAGUCGGAGUCCCGCAGCGGCAGCCAGCAGCGCGAUUCGCUAGCCUCCAUGUUUGAGAGGUUUCUAGAGCAGCAGGGCCAGAACGUCGAGGACCCCACCAACACAUGCGGCAUCAUCUUCAUGAGCGACGCCUCCCCUCUGACCUUUGCUCUUGAGGAGGCCCGGGACAGAAACAACAAGCCGGUCCUGCACGAUGCGGAUUUGCACUUUUCCAGCGCUGACCGUGUGGGCACGGUCGACUGCGCCGACCACCCGGCAUACCUGUCGCCGCACGAUGUGGGCUAUCUCAGGGUCAAGGGAGCCUUUGAGCGGCCCACCGAAGAUGCCCUAGCCGCAAUGGUGGCGGCCUUCGUCGAGAGAUUUUAUCCGCUGUACGCCGUCGUUGACCUGGGCCCGUUUAAGUACUCCCUCAGCGCAGGGACUCUGCCCUGGAUACUGCUCCACGCCGUCUGCUUCAUCGGGUCCACCUUUUGCGACCUGAGUGUCAUCCAUGGUGCCGGCUUCAAAGGCCGCUGGCACGCGAGGCGCCACUUUUACGACAAGGCAAAGCUAUUGUUUGACAUCGGCUACGAGACAAACAAGAUCGUGCUGCUCCAGUGCGUCAUCAUGCUCUCGUUCUGGGGCCCGCAGAUGAAGAGCUACUGGAACCCUUGUUCCUGGGUCGGCUUUGGUGUCACCAUUGCAGAGUCUCUCGGGAUCCACAGGAUGAGCACGUCCACCCACGUCGAUAGAGGGCGGAGGAGCCUGCUCAAGCGAUUGUUCUGGGUCCUCGCCGUCCGGGACGCCUAUUGUGCCACCCUGCUGGGCCGUCCGUGCCGGCUCAACAUGGCCCAGUGCGAUACGGAACCGCUGGGGCUCGACGACUUUGACAAGGGCAGGCAGUGCAGCAACAGUCAAGACCAAGACCGCAACAAGUGCCAGUUACACGCCCACUAUCUGAUUCAGGUCUCAAAGCUCUCCUUGAUUCUCCGGAGUAUCGUCGAGACCCGGUUUGGCCCGGGGAAGAAUGCCUCUAUGAGGGCCCAUCUCCACCGCCAGCUGGAUGCGUGGCAGGCCGAGUUGCCGCCGUGCGUGAACUGGACGCAGCAGCAGCAGCAGGCGCAGGCGCAGACGACCAACCUCUUUGCUUUGAGCCUGAAAAUCAUCUUUCACCUCCAACUCAUCCUCACACACCUCGAGAACCCGGACGAGGCAGCUAGCUCCUCCUCACUCCUGCCUGGUGUCGUAACCUCAUCUUGCCAAAUUACCGAGUCAGCCGCGCACAUUAUCUCUUCGACGGCCUUCACAAUCAUUGCCAAUUCAAUGCUCGGCGUUAUGCCGCAUGAAGUCUUGUCCGGCUUCUUCGUCGCCGGCAUUGUCUUCUACCGUGGCAUCAAGCACCCACAUGGGGUUCUCUCUCACCUGCCACGAUCCGCCUUGGAUAACUGUCAAAUGGUCAUCAGCGAAGCACGCGGGAGAUGGGAUCCAGCGAACUGGGUUCUGAGGAUCUUUGACUUCUUGCUGUCUAGCAACAGCGGCAGUUCCGACACAGCGGGACAGGCCAGCCAAGACAAGCUAGCCACAAGCGGUGGCAACUACUUCAACCCUGGUGCGGUAUCCUUCUUUAACGAUACUCGCGUUUUGGAUAUGCUGCCUGAUGAUGACAUGCUGCACUCUAUUGACUUUGGCUCACCGAUCAACCUGGGGGUGGGUUCACUAGCUAAUGAGCUCUUCCCCUUGUCCAGCUACCUACCAUUGCCGUCGGAGAAUCCGUCAUUUGAGGCAACGUAA